UAAUAAAUAAUUUGGGGAACCGGUCACCCGCCAUGGAAGGAGAUUAUCAAUGCUAUGUCCGUCUUCUUCAAUCCUGCAACACCAGAACUCGUGAAGCCCUAGGGAGACAAAUCCAUGGCUUGUUCCUCAAGAAGGGUCUUCUUAGUUCAAUGGUGAUUGCCGCAAAUAAUAUAAUCCAGAUGUAUUGGAGGUGUGGCAGUGUAAGCCACGCGCGAAACCUGUUCGACGAAAUGUCUGACAGAAACUGUUUCUCGUGGAACAUCAUGAUUGAAGGGUAUAUGAAGUCGGGGGAUAGGGACAUGUCCAUGAAGUUGUUUGAAUUGAUGCCGGAAAGGAACAAUUUCACUUGGAAUGUGGUUGUCUCUGGUUUCGCGAAGGCAGGCGAGCUUGGUGUUGCCGCGAGGUUAUUCGGCGAGAUGCCGAGGAAAGAUUCUGUGACGUUGAAUUCAUUGCUUCAUGGGUAUACUCGAAAUGGGUAUCCUGAAAAGGCUGUAAGGUUGUUCAAGGAGUUGAAUCCCAGCACUGAUGCGUUCUUAUUGUCCACUGUGAUUGGGGCUUGUACUGAUUUGAAUGCUUUGAAAUGUGGAAAGCAGAUACACGCUCAUAUAUUGAUCGGUGGCAUCGAAUAUGACUCGGUAAUGAGUAGUUCUCUUGUAAAUUUUUACUCAAAAUGUGGUGAUUUGAGCGUGGCAAGCAAUGUGUUGGAUCAGAUGGAGGAACCUGAUGACUUUUCUAUAUCUGCGCUGAUUUCAGGUUAUACAGAUUGUGGGAGAGUGAAUGAUGCCAGAAAGGUUUUUGAUAGGAAAAUGAACAGAUGCGUAGUUCUAUGGAAUGCGAUGAUAUCCGGGUAUAUUUCAAACAACAUGGAGAUUCAAGGAUUAGUUCUUUUCAAUGAGAUGAGGAGAUAUGAAGUUAGAGAGGAUUCUUCUACGCUUGCAAGUGUCGUAAAUGCCUGCAAUGGUUUGGGCCUUCUCGAAAACGGUAAAGCAAUGCAUUGUCAUGCUUGUAGAUUCGGGUUUAUCGAUGACAUAGUCGUAGCUAGCACUUUGCUUGACAUGUACUCUAAGUGUGGAAGCCCUACCGAUGCUUGCAAACUCUUCGGAGAGCUGAAGAACUACGACACGAUCUUACUGAAUUCCAUGAUCGCGGUAUAUUCCAACUGCGGAAGAAUCGAAGAGGCAAAACAGAUAUUCGAGAAAAUCGAAAAGAAAAGCUUGAUCUCCUGGAACUCAAUGGUAGUGGGUCUCAGCCAAAAUGGCUGUCCAGUUGAAACCUUGAAUCUCUUCUUCCAUAUGCACAGACUGGACUUGCGGACGGAUAAGUUUAGCCUCUCUAGCGUCGUCAGUGCGUGUGCUAGUGUUUCUUCUCUUGAACUCGGUGAGCAGGUUUUUGCGAGGGCGAUCAUCGUUGGGCUUGAUUCAGAUCAGAUAGUGUCAUCUUCCCUCAUUGAUUUGUACUGCAAGUGUGGAUUGAUUCAGUAUGGUCGAAAAGUAUUCGACUCGGUGGUAAAGUCGGAUGAAAUAUCGUGGAAUUCUAUGCUGAUGGGUUAUGCCACAAAUGGGUAUGGAUUUGAAGCAAUUGAUCUGUUCAAUAAAAUGAUGGAUUCUGGCAUUAGACCCACUGGUGUCACCUUCAUGGGAGUUCUCUCUGCUUGUGAUCAUACCGGUCUAGUUGAAGAAGGAAGGAAAUUAUUUGAUGCGAUGAAACGGGAAUAUCACAUUGACCCGGGUAUCGAACAUUUCUCGUGCAUAGUCGACCUUUUGGCCCGUGCUGGAUUCUUGGAAGAAUCCAUCGGUCUCGUGGAAAAGAUGCCUUUCAAGGCGGAUGCAAGCAUAUGGUCAUCUGUUCUAAGGGGAUGUGUUGCUCAUGGAGAUAGAGCAAAGGGAAAGAGAGUGGCUGAGAAGAUUAUAAAGCUCGAUCCCGAGAAUUCGGUUGCUUAUAUACAACUAUCUGCCAUUUUCGCGAGCUCGGGAGAUUGGGAAAGGUCGGAAUUUGUGAGGAACUUGAUGAAGGAGAAGCAUGUGAGGAAGAAUUCAGGUAGCAGUUGGGGCUGAUGGUUGAAUACUCUGCUCGAACGUGAGUAAAUAGAUAUCUGAUUAAGCCCGAGGUUAAGCCAGAAGAGAAGAUAAAAGGGAAAUGAAGAAAGUAGGACAGAUGAAUCUCGAAAUUCGGGUACCCGAACCCAUGGGACGGAUACCCGAACCCAUGGGACGGGUGAAUCUCGAAAUUCGGGUAUCCGAACCCAUGGGUCGGGUACCUGAACUCGGUUUAUGGCGCGAAGGAAACUCGAAAAUCGGGUUCGGGUAAUCAUAUUGUUUGUGGGUAUGAAUUGUAAAAUGGCUUUCUUGUGUAUUAUAUAGAAAUCUACUGGAAUUUCGGGUCCAGGUUUCAGAGAAUCCGAAAAUUUUGAAUACUUGUCUUGAGUCAACUUCU